AUGAAGUCUGUAGCUUUCAUUUAUGGUGCUGGAUUUUUGCUGAUCCUUGGGACAUCUGGAACUACAGAUGUCUGUGAACACACAUUAUCCUGCUCAGAAUGUAUCAAAUCUCAUCCCAGCUGUCUGUGGUGCUCUGCUAAGAACUUCACAAAAGAAGGUGAGUCAGAAGGUUCACGAUGUGCCACCCGUCUGGAGCUGCUCCAACGUGGAUGUAAUGAAGGACUUAUUAUAGAUCCCAAAACACAUAUUAUGAAGAAGGACACACCCCUGAGUGACAACGCUGAUCAAGGGAUCAUCAUACAACUCUCACCCCAGAAAGUGCAUCUGACACUCCGUCCUGGAAAGAAGGAGAAGUUUCAAGUGCGGUUCAAGCGUGCAGAAGGAUACCCCAUUGACCUCUAUUACCUUAUGGACUUGUCUUAUUCUAUGAAAGAUGAUCUGGAAAAUGUGAAGAAGCUUGGAAGUGACAUUCAGCAGGUGUUACACAAGGUUACCAAGUCCGUGCGCAUAGGCUUUGGCUCAUUUGUGGAUAAGACAGUGUUGCCCUAUGUAAACACAGUAGAAUCCCAGAUGAGGAAUCCAUGCCAGAAACGGACGGAGCGUUGCCAACCACCCUUCAGCUAUCGUAAUGUUCUGUCUUUAACUUCAAACCUCACUUUGUUCCAAGAACGAGUCAGUGCAGAGAACAUCUCUGGAAACCUGGACUCACCGGAGGGAGGACUUGAUGCCAUGUUCCAGGCUGCUGUGUGCACAGACCACAUUGGUUGGAGGAACGUUACACGUCUCUUGGUGUAUGCCUCGGAUGAUGUCUUUCACAUGGCAGGAGAUGGAAAAUUAGCUGGCAUUUACAUGCCAACAGAUGGUCACUGUCACCUAAAUGAAAAUGGGGAAUAUUAUCAAAGCAAUAUGUAUGAUUAUCCAUCUGUGGGACAUCUUUCCCAGAUCCUCACAGCUGCCAACAUCCAGCCUAUAUUUGCAGUCACAAGCACCGUCCUCACAACCUAUCAGGAGCUGAGUGAUUUGAUUCCUAAAUCCGCAGUUGGAGAAUUGUCAGAGGAUUCCAGCAAUGUGGUUAAUCUUAUAUCUCAAGCCUACAAUAGUUUAUCCUCCACAGUAAACCUGGAACAUGUAAAUUUACCAAAAGGAAUUCACAUCUCUUAUGAUUCUCACUGCCCUGACUCCGUUACUAUGGGACAGCCAAGUGGGCAGUGCUCAGGUGUCAAAAUUAAUGAAAUGGUAAAUUUUGAUGUGACAAUAUGGAUAGAUGAGAAGAUGUGCCAGGAUGGGAAACAGAGCUUCCAUCUUAGGGUGCUAGGAUUCAGUGAGGAGCUGAGUGUGGAUGUUGAACCUUUAUGUGAGUGUAACUGUAACGACGAAGAGAUUUUAUCCAACCACUGCAGUCAGGGUCUUGGGAACUACAGCUGUGGAGUUUGCAGCUGCAUGGAUGGGCAUAAAGGAAAACUUUGCGAAUGUCCAAAGAACAAGUAUGACUCAGACGAAGACUGUAUAAUGGGUGGCUCACUGCUGCCCUGUAAUGGGCGUGGAAGGUGUCAGUGCGGACAAUGCACAUGUAACAAACAUUUUCGGGGAACGUUUUGCGAAUGUGAUGAUACCAGCUGUGAAAGACAUGAUGGUCAGCUUUGUGGAGGUCUCUCUAGAGGGGUCUGCAGCUGUGGCAACUGCAAAUGCAACUCAAACUUCACAGGCAACGCCUGCGAAUGCAGCACAGACACCAGAGACUGUGAGACAGGCGGAAAUACAUGCAAUGGUCAUGGAAUCUGUAAAUGUAACAAAUGUAUCUGUGAAAAUGGAUACCAAUCCAGUGACAAGUGUAAGGACUGCUUUCAGUGCAAGACUCGAUGCCAGAUACACAGAGACUGCGCAGAAUGCAAGGCAUUUAAUUCAGGACCAAUAAAGGAUAACUGCACCGCCGCCUGCGCCCAUGUUCUUGUCACCAUUGUUAAAGAGUCUGAAAGGAAUGAAACUAGGGACUGGUGUUCAGAGAAGGACAUUACAUUCCUUGUGACCGAAACUGAUGAUCCCACACGUGUAAAUAUUCUUGUGAAGGAAAAAAAAGAGACUAAAGAUCAGACACAAAGUCUGAUACUGGGAAUGGUUUUGGGCAUUGCAUUCUUUGGCCUCCUCCUCAUUAUCCUAUAUCGAGUUAUUGUGGAGAUGUUUGACCGGAAGGAAUACAAUCGGUUCCUGAACGCACGGCAUGCUGAGCAAUGGAAUGAGGCACCAAACCCACUCUACCAAAGUGCUACCACCACUGUGAUGAACCCGAACUUUAACCAGGAUUAAUUCAGAUUACAUAUGGAGCCGGUUGAGCAAUCCAGCAAUGGAUACAGAAAGAUUUUUCAUCUGACACAACAAUGUCAACAUUCAAGAAAGCAAAAAUUCAUACAUAUUUUCCCUAUGAAAAUGACUA